UCUCUCUCUCAUUCUUUCUUUCUUUCUCUCUCUCCCAAACAUCAUCACGCCACCACCCCCUUCUUGCCGCUAGCUAUGACCAUCAUCACUCCCUCUAGCUACCCAAACAAAGCUUUGAGGUGAAAGACUACUUUUUAAUGCUUUCGCAAUCACUCUAUAUUGAGACAAUGGAAUGAGGAAAAUAGGCCUGAAAUGAGCUGGAAAAGUUGCCCUUUUCGUCUUCAACCUGACACCCUUUGCAUUCUUUGUUGCAAAGAUUGUAUCUUUAACAGGUAAAGUGUAUAGGAAGUGAGGAUUCAAUUCGAUUUCUCAUGGAUUCUUGAGAAAAGAAAGGAGUGAUUUUGGAGAUUGGGUUCUGGGUAUCAUUAGGAUUGGGAUCUCUUCUCUCCCCUCACCAGGUUUAUCUUUGAGUCUUUUGCUUCUUUAGUCUUUUCUUGACUGUGUUAGUUCUCCCCUGCUGUUUUUCCAUUUCAAUCUCAGCCUCUGGGUAAAAGAAUGGGGAGGUUUUUUAGUGCAUGGGCAUGUCUCUGGUUCUGACAAGAUGUAUCUUAGAGAAAAAAGAUGACUUUUUUUUUUUCUUUUUUGUUGUGUAGUACCAAGGGUGAGGUGAGAUCAUAUUGGUGCGGUUCACUUUGAGAGUUUGAGUACAGUUUGGUUGAAUUUUUUAACUUUUUGGUAAUGGACAUUUUGAGGUGUCAGGCUCAGCUAAAAGGCUUUGUCUGUCUGAAGAAGAACCAAGGUUUUAAACCCAGAUUUGAAUGUCUUCCAAAAACCAUACUUUUUGUUGUGUUCUUGGAUUUGUUAUGGGGGAGGGUUUCAGGGUUGGGUUCAAUGUCUUCAAUUGCUAUAUCUUAUGGAGAGUAUGGCCCUGUGUUCUGUGGGCUAAAGUCUGAUGGAUCUCAUACUGUGUCCUGCUAUGGCUCCAAUUCUGCAGUUAUCUAUUCCACUCCUGACCAUUCCCCUUUGAUUGGUAUAACUGCUGGGAAUGACUUUGUUUGUGGGCUGUUAAUGGAGUCAAACCAGCCUUAUUGUUGGGGGAACAGCAAUUUUGUUCAAAUGGGGGUGCCCCAGCCAAUGGUUCAGGGCUGUGAGUACUUGGAAAUCAGUGCUGGGGAUCACCAUUUGUGUGGAUUGAGAAAGCCCUUGACUGGGAAGAACAGGAACACUUCUUUAGUGGAUUGCUGGGGUUAUAACAUGACCAGAAGGUUUGAAUUUGAGGGGCAGAUCCAGACGAUUUCGGCUGGCUCAGAGUUUAGUUGUGGGCUGUUUUCACAGAAUAGGAGUGUGUUCUGCUGGGGGGAUGAGACGAGCAGCCGGGUGAUUAGUCUCAUCCCGAGGGAUAUGAAAUUUCAGAAGAUUGCAGCCGGGGGAUACCACGUGUGUGGGAUCCUCGAGGGGACGGAUUCUCGGGUUUUUUGUUGGGGGAGGAGCUUGGACCUUCAAGAAGCAGCCAUAUCUGUGUCACAAUCUGCUAGGCUUAACAUUGCAUUGGCUCCCAGAGACCCUAUGCUUUCAGUGGUAGGGGGGAGGUUCCACGCGUGUGGGAUUAGGAGCUUAGAUAGGGGAAUUGUUUGCUGGGGCUAUCGUGUCGAGAAGAGCACGCCCCCUCCUAGUGGCGUUAAGCUCUACGAGAUUGCAGCCGGGGAUUACUUCACUUGUGGAAUCCUUGUCACGACGUCCCUGCAGCCUGUUUGCUGGGGCGCUGGCUUCCCAACGUCUCUUCCCGUUGCGGUUUCCCCUGGAAUCUGCAGGCCCCGGCCUUGUGCCCCGGGGUUCUAUGGAUUUAGCAAUGCAAGCUCUCCUUGCAAGUCCACUGACAGCGCGAUUUGCCUCUCCUGCUCCACUGGAUGCCCCGCUGAAAUGUACCAAUCCGCUGUCUGCUCCCCCAUGUUUGACAGACAGUGCGCCUACAAUUGUUCAAACUGCAUCUCGCCCGAGUGCUUUUCAAAUUGUUCAAUUGCUGCUAAUUCUGGGAAUAAGAACUCUAGGUUUUGGUCACUCCAGUUGCCAGUUAUCCUUGCUGAGGUUGCUUUUGCAGUGUUCCUAGUCAGUGUUGUUUCCCUGACUUCGGUUAUAUAUGUUCGUUACAGAUUAAGGAAUUGUACUUGCUCAGCUAAGCGCUUGAUGAGCUCGAGGAAAACCGGGAGGAAUAGGAAUGGUUCUUUCCAAAAGGAGAAUGGGAAGAUCCUACCAGACCUGGAUGAUCUGAAGAUCAGGAGAGCUCAGAUGUUUACUUAUGAGGAGCUCGACAGGGCGACCGAGGGAUUCAAGGAGGAAUCACAAGUGGGGAAAGGGAGUUUUUCGUGUGUUUUCAAGGGGGUAUUGAAGGAUGGGACCGAGGUUGCGGUGAAGAGAGCUGUGAUGUCCCCGGAUAUGAAGAAGAACUCGAAGGAGUUCCACACCGAGCUCGACUUGCUCUCGAGGCUAAACCACGCCCAUCUCCUCAACCUCCUCGGCUAUUGUGAGGAAGGCGGCGAAAGGCUGCUGGUGUACGAGUACAUGGCGAAUGGCUCGUUACACCAACACCUCCAUGGCAACAACCGGGGGCUAAAGGAGCAACUCGAUUGGGUGAAACGAGUCACAAUUGCAGUCCAAGCAGCCCGGGGAAUUGAAUACCUACACGGCUAUGCUUGCCCUCCUGUUAUCCACCGGGACAUAAAGUCCUCCAACAUCCUCAUAGACGAGGAGCACAACGCGAGAGUGGCAGAUUUCGGGCUGUCCUUACUAGGCCCCGCAAACAGCAGCUCUCCCUUAGCUGAGCUGCCUGCAGGGACUCUGGGAUACCUCGACCCCGAGUACUACAGACUCCACUACCUAACAACCAAGUCAGACGUCUACAGCUUUGGCGUUUUGCUGUUGGAGAUUCUGAGUGGGAGGAAAGCCAUAGACAUGCAAUUCGAAGAAGGGAACAUAGUGGAAUGGGCAGUCCCCUUGAUCAAGGCGGGAGACAUCGAGGCAAUCCUGGACCCCGUCCUCAAACUCCCAUCUGACAUUGAGGCUCUGAGAAGGAUUGCAAAUGUAGCCUGCAAAUGUGUGAGGAUGAGAGGGAAGGAGAGGCCAUCAAUGGACAAAGUGACAACCUCGUUAGAGCGGGCGCUUGCUCAGCUGAUGGGCAGCCCGAGCAACGAGCAGCCAAUCCUGCCAACCGAGGUCGUUCUGGGCAGCAGCAGGCUGCACAAGAAGGUCUCCCAGAGGUCCUCGAACCGGUCCACAUCAGAAACAGAUGUUGCAGAAACUGAGGACCCGAGAUCAGAGUUCAGAGCACCGUCCUGGAUCACUUUCCCCAGCGUCGCUUCCUCUCAGAGGAUGAAGUCCUCAAUCUCAGACGGGGACGUUGAGGGGAAGAACUUCGAGGCCAAGAACCCGGGAAAUGCUGCCCCUCCUGGAGAUGGACUGAGAAGUUUGGAAGAAGAGAUCGGGCCGGCUUCUCCUCAAGAACACUUGUUCUUGCAGCACAACUUCUAAUAUAUUUUGAGAAGCUUUGAAUGUUGUUGAGCAGAUGAGAUGUGUUUUGAUCAUGUAAUAGUGCUUUUCUGCUAUCUUCUUUUGUUCAUUCAAUUCAGGUCAUUUCCACUUUUCCAGUUUCAAGAGUUCUUCUUUGAAUGUUGUUGGGAAAACAACUGCCAACUUUGAUCAUAUCACCAGAAUUGUACUUAGGUAUUCUUUCUCCACUCUUUUGCCUUUAUUUUGGUUUAAUGGCUUAAUGCUACACUCACUCUUCUUCCUCUAA